UCGUUUGUGAUGAUACAAGUCUAUAUACAAACAUGCAUGACUAAAUUUAAUCUACAACUAGAGAAACAAAAAUAAUAAAAUCAGACAGUCAAUAGUACCCGUACAGUGCCGAUAAAAUUUGUUAUUUUUGUUUCUUCAUAUAUCGAUCGAAUUUAGACUUACAUAUUUGCAUAGUGUCUUAUAUUAUCAUGGACUAUCUUAUUAAAUUUUAUGUAUUUUUUAUAUAAUUAUUUAAAUUAUAUGCAUACACCUAGGUGCCAUGGUACCUAGGUGUAGAAAAUACUUUCUGAUCGCGGCUUGUCAUCCUCCUCCUCCUCGCCAUGGUUGCCUCGGCGGCAGUUGCUCAGAGCAACGAGAUAGUAGAUCAGUGGUUCAGGACAGACUGCUCGACCACCGGUAACUAUACCAGGGGCAGCCAGUUCGAGAAGAACCUCAACCAGCUCCUCUCCAGCCUCUCUGCCGGCGCCAUCGCCGGCGACUGGUUCAACACCAGCUCGGUCGGGACGGGUCCCGACCAGGCGUUCGGCCUCAUCAUGUGCUACGCCGACGCCGGCGAUGCGACGAGGUGUAAGGAAUGCCUUGCCCGGGCGCCCGCUGGGGUCAGACAGGAGUGCCCCGGAAGCCGGGCGGUGACCGCCAGCAACGACGCCUGCCUCCUCCGCUACUCCGACAAGCCUUUCUUCUCCGCCUACGACGCCAGCACCAACAUCAGCUACACAAAAUUAGCCGGUGACCAAAUCGUCGUCCAGAACGUGACCACCAUGAACAACACGCGAUGGCAGUUUCUGAACAAGCUAGCGGAGAGGGCCGGUGACAACACGCUGAGGAUAGACAACCGUAGCGAGCCGUACGUGGCGGCAGUUUAUUUUUUGAUUUUUGGAAUUUUUAUCUUUUUUCGUGAUUUUUCGUUUUCACAACGGUUGCGCUAGCCGCACGUGAAAAUCAUGAUUUUCGUAGACAUUUUCUUUCGGGUGCAGCUAUAUUUAUAGCGCCAUAUUUUUCACAAAAAAAAUAGUCGGUAUGUAUUUACAUUGUAAGUUCAUAAAUUACAUAUGUAAUUUUAGUAUAUUUACAAUGUAAGUGCUAAAAUUACAUAUGUAAGUCUAUAAAUUACAUAUGUAAUUUUAGUGUAUUUACAAUGUAAGUCUCUAAAUUACAUAUGUAAAUAAUAUGCAAUUUAAGUGUAAUUAGUAUGUAAUUUUAAUUCAAGCCAAAAUCU